AUGCAUUGUUCCGCUGAACGCCAUGUUGAUGAGAAUGAGGAAUGCGGAGAAGCUGCCCACUGCAUUAACUGUGGAGGACCGCAUCGUCCGAACAAUCGCCAGUGCCCUGUCUACAAGAAGGAGACGGAUGUUAUCCGUAUAAAGGUCGACCGCAAUCUUACAUACCCGGAAGCGCGAAAACAGGUUGAAGCAGGAGUGAGAAGCUACGCAGCAGCAGCAGCCCAGCCAAGUGUCGAUCGUCAAAAGCUCGAACAACUCGAGAGAGAGAUGAAGAAGAAAGAUGCCCAGAUUGCUAAUCUGUUGGAAGCAAUGAAGCGAAAGGACGAGAAGAUCGACAAGCUGAUUGCUCAUAUAAAAAACAUGUGUCAUACGGAAAGCCAACCAGCUCAACAACCACAACAGCAGCAGCAACAACAGCAGCAACAACAGCAACAACAACAGCAGCUACAACAGCAGCAACAACAGCAGCAACAUAAGCAACAACAAGUCAGAGAGUCGCGAGUAGCGGGACCAUCCAUGCAUCUAAGGACCCGCUCACCUGCAGUUAUAGAACCGAAACACAGCCAACCUGGGAAGAAGAAUAAGCGCAACAAGUCGAACAAUACAUCACCCGGUCGCCAAAGUCCUCCAUUGAAGAAAGUGAUCGCCGAACAAAACCCACCGCACGAUUCUGAAACUUUAAGUGUCGACGAGGAGUCUGAAAUCGACGAAACGCCCCCUAGCCAGCAAAAUCGACGACAUCAACCCCUCUAA